AUGGAGGCAGUACUUGAAGUACCUAAACACCGCCAUCCACUAAAGCUCAUUGAUUUGCAGCUACAAUAUGAAGAUGAAGAUGAUGAAGAAGGAGACAAUGAUGAUCCGAUUACCAAAAAAGAGGGGUUUGGAGGUGUCAUAUGCGGGAUGUGUGGGGAAGAAAUCCAUAUGUACCACAGGUACUACUACAAAUGUUCAUCAUCAUGCCAUUUCUCACUUCACAAAUUCUGUGGUGAUCUCCCGUCAAGUGCUUGUGGGAAAGAACAUAAAGGGAUGUUCUAUCAGUGUACCAUUUGUGCUGGCUUCACCAUACACAGUGAUUGCGCUUUCCUACCAGAAAAAUUGCUAAUCCAAGAGAGAACGUAUGGUGAUUUUUAUCAUACCCAUCUCCUCACCAUUUCAUAUUCGUUCCCCUUGAUAGAUCAACAAGCUAAACAUUGGCCCAGAUGCAGAUUAUGCAAUGAAGGGUUUUCAAGUACGGAGGAUCUUUGGACUUACAAAUGUGAUAAAUGUUUGUACUAUGCCCAUCUGGAUUGCGUAAGAAUGCCGCCUUAUGCUGGACUUGCCAAAACCAUCAAAGAUUACAAAGAUGUUGACUAUCCUCGUCUUCUUCAUCUCCCAUUCCUUGAUGAAACUUACAGCCUACCAAAACACAUGUUUUUCCAACAAAGCACUACUGAUCAUCAUAAGGUAGAUUACCUAAAACACGAAAGUCAUCAACACCCUUUGAUUCUAGUUGAUCAGACACUUAUAAUCAAUGGGCAAACCUCCUCUUCCUCCUCCUCUUGGCUUUUAAAGUGUCAUGACCCAAUGAAAAAGACCCAACUGCUAUGUAAUGGAUGUCUCAGACCAAUCAUGUCCACCAUGCCUUUUUACACGUGUGCUAAUGUUAAUGCUAAUGCUAAUGAUGAUCAGAUUCAGAUUCAGAUUCAUGGGGGUUGCAAUAACUUUGCUCUCCAUGAGUGGUGCACUCGACUCCCCCCAAUAAUAGAAAACCACCCAGGCCACCCACAACACACCCUCCAUCUCAUGUAUUCACACGUCCUUCCUCACUUUUUCGGUGUGUUCCUUUGUGAUGUUUGUGGUCUGGUUUGUAAUGGAUUUGCAUAUUGUUGUGUCAAAUGUGAAUACUAUGUUGAUGUUACCUGUGGGCUUAUACCUAGAGAAAUCACACAUGAAGCUCACUUGAAUCAGAAUCACCUUCUUUUAAUAGUCCAAAUAGAAGAAAAAGAUACUUCUUGUCAUAUGUGUCUUAAAAAUCAUUAUGGAAGUCGACUUUCAUUCCGUUGCAACACAUGUAAUAGUUUUAUGCAUCCUGAAUGUGCUUUGUUAUUACCCGAGAUAAUCAGGCACAAGUAUGACAAGAAGCAUCCCAUGCACCUAAGUUACCUCCCGAUUGAGAAUCACAAGAGUGAAUACUUUUGUGAAAUUUGCGAGGAGGAUUUGGAUCCUCAUGCAUCUUUCUAUCACUGUCAAGAUUGUGCUUUGUCUGUACAUAGUGCUUGUGCUCCGUUAAUACUUCGGUGCGAGACACAAACCUGUGUUUGGUACUCCUGGAAAAACACUUACUAUUUCGUGAAUAUAAAGUUUGGAGGCAUUCUUAACACUAUAGUCACCCACACCCUCUCUCCUUUGCUCAAGGUAUUGUGUUGGAUGGCCAAUGUAGUAUAUGUGGUCAGGGAUUACAAUACCAACUGA